AUGAAACAUAUAGGAUCAAGACGUUUGCACGGAAUUCCUUCCAGCAUUGAUAUUCUUUACUGUGAACAGGAAAUCGCCGUGGAUAGCACUUCUGCAAUUGAUACUGUUGUGAAGUCGGACAAGAAGAGGCUUGCGUUGCUAGAAGAAGAGUCGCAGCUAACAAAGCAAUUGGAAGAAGGGGAUAGCAGUGUGGUGCAACGACUCCAGGACAUUGCUCGUGAACUUAGGGACAUUGGUGCCGAUGCAGCUGAACCCCGAGCGCGUCGUAUCCUUGCUGGUCUAGGAUUUUCGAAAGAGAUGCAGGACAAAGCUGUUGAGGACUUUUCGGGAGGAUGGAGAAUGAGAAUCUCUCUGGCUCGUGCUCUGUUCUUAGAGCCCACCUUACUAAUGCUUGAUGAACCUACUAAUCACCUUGACUUGAACGCAGUUAUUUGGCUGGACAACUACCUUCAGUCAUGGAAGAAGACGUUGCUUAUUGUUUCUCACGAUCAAGGAUUCUUGGAUAACGUUUGUACUGAUAUCAUCCACUUGCAAGAUCGAAAACUCCAUUAUUACAAGGGAAAUUACAGUUUAUUCAAGAAGAUGUACGAUCAGAAAACGAAAGAGUAUCUGAAAGCGUACGAAAACCAGAAGAAACAAAUGGUUGCUUUGAAAAAAGGUGGCAAGAGUGCUAAGCAAGCAGAGGAGGAGCUAAAGAAAAAUAUGCAAAAUAAACAGAACAAACAAACGAAAGGAAAGAAAGGAUCGGCUUCAAUGGGUGAUGAGAGUGACCUCCCUCCUCCAGAGUUGCUGCAAAGGUUUAAGGAGUAUCAAGUGAAGUUUUCAUUCCCGGAAACUGACAAACUAGCGCCGCCGAUCUUGGGAUUGCAUGAUGUAACGUUUGGCUAUGGUAACAAUGUUCUUUUCAAAGAUUUGGACUUUUGGUGUUGA